AUCCUGCAAGGGGGUGCCGGUGACCGAGGCGGAGUGCACGGCCAUGGGGCUGCGCAGCGGCCACCUGCGGGACAGGUUUUGGCUUGUGAUCGACGCGAAGGGGACUAUGGUUACUGCUCGACAGGAACCUCGCCUGGUCCUGAUUUCGCUGACCUGUGACGGCGAUUUCCUGAUGCUCAGUGCGGCCUACACGAAGGACCUACUGCUGCCCAUCAAGACGCCCACUACAAACCCAGUGCUCAAGUGCAGAGUACGCGGGCUGGAGAUCAUGGGCAGGGACUGUGGUGAGGCCGCCGCCCAAUGGAUAACCAGCUUCCUGAACACGCAGCCCUACCGCCUGGUACACUUCGAGCCUCACAUGCCCCCGAGAAAUUCUCACCAAAUAAUGGAAGUGUUCGGGCCCACGGACCAGGUUGCUUAUGCAGACACCAGCCCAUUCUUGGUUCUUUCUGAGGCAUCGUUGGCGGAUCUCAACUCCAGGCUGGAGAAGAAAGUUAAAGCAAAUAACUUCCGGCCCAAUAUUUUAAUUUCAGGAUGUGGUGUCUAUGCAGAGGAUUCUUGGGAUGAGAUUCUUAUUGGUGACGUGGAACUGAAGAGGGUGGUGGCUUGUUCCAGGUGCAUUCUAACCACGGUGGACCCCGACACCGGGAUCAUGAGCAGGAAGGAGCCGCUGGAAACGCUGAAGAGCAUUCUCUACCGAGGACUCUGGAGAGAUCCAUUAGAAAAAGAAGCACUAGGGUCAGGAAACUAACACGAAUGAGUGAUGUUAAUCAUAUACCACUGGAGAAGGCCAUGGAUGAUGGUUGACAGAAGGAGCGUCCGGAAUAUCCACUUUUUGCCGAGUUUGCACCAGUAGUUCUGCUUUUAGGAACAAAUGAUGAAAAAGCUACCAUUGCCCCUCAAUUUAUACUUUCUUGCCACCGAUAGUAUUCCCUUUUAUUUCCAGUCUUUAUGUUGUAUUAUUAAUUUUGUUUUUAUUAACUUGAUCUGCUAAACCAACCCUGUGUUCUAUUAAGAGUAAUCCUUAGAGUUGUGAAUUUCCAGAUGGGACGUUCUUAAAUGCACUUGAAUUUUAUACUCAUUGUCCAUACCCUUCAUUGAUCUCUUGUUACUGUUCAUGGCUAGAGUGUCGGGUGGACAUGUUAGGCCCUUCCUUGGAAAAUGUGGGCUCUUUCCACUUUCCUCAGGCCUAUCAUAGUAUAUUGAGCUCUCAGUUAUAUUGCAUUAAUAAUUAGGUAAAGCUGCACUAAGAUUGUCUGGAAUAACUAGUUAUUCUUUCAGUAGCAAUAACUAGUGACAUCUUGACCUUUGGUUUCUACUGAUGCCUGCAGUGAGAUCUAAUCAGUGCUAUUGUACUUAAUUUAGAAGACAAAAGAGUUUAAAGCAUUUUAACAAAUCUUAGCAUGAAUUACUGUAUCUCUUCGUCAGUUGUCAGCAGCUCAGGAUCCAGCUAAUAAAAAAUAUA